AUGUCUUUGGUUGGAGUGAAUACCAAAAUUGUUAAGAAUGGAGAUGCUGAACCGAUUUUGGCAGCCGGGAAAUUCCGAAUUUAUAGUAUGAGAUUCUGUCCAUGGGCUCAAAGAUCAUUGAUUUAUGCGGCUGCCAAGAAAAUUCCGUGAGUUUUUUUGAAUUCUCACUUUCACGUGUGAAUAAAAAAGGUAGAUCAAGUGACGUGGAUUUGAAAACAGUAUAGGCACUAAUGUUCUCAGUCGCGAUGCGUGUGUGCGACACGUUUUAAAAUAUCGAAGUAAACACGCAACGCAGAACCGUAUCGUAAUUAACGACAUGAAUACCUUUACUGUUUCUAAAUCCAUGUCACUUGGCCUUUUUUUCUGUCUCACGUGUUUUAAUUCAAUAAUACUAUUCAUUCAUUAAUCUUGCAGAACUGAAAUCGUCAACAUUGAUUUGAAAAACAAGCCAGAUUGGUAUUUCUCAAAACACUUCAAAGGACAAGUUCCAGCUCUCGAAUACGACGGAAAACAUGUUAUCGAAUCAGCGGUUAUUCCAGAAUAUCUCGAUGAUAUUUUCCCAGAAACUCGCAUUCUUCCAACUGAUCCAUAUCAAAAAGUGCAACAAAAACUACUUUUGGCUCGUUUAUCCGAAAUUGCUCCCGCUUUUUACGGAGUCGUUCAAUCGGUUCAAGAUCCAUCUGUUCGAGAGGAAAAAGUUGCGAAUUUGUUGAAAAGUUUGGAAGCGGCUGAACAACUUCUGACCGGAGAAUAUUAUUCGGGAACCAAUAAACCAGGAUAUGCUGAUUAUUUGUUCUAUCCAAAUAUUCAACGUGUUUUCUGGUUAUCAAAUGCUUUGCCAGGUCUCCCAUUAGAUGUUGCUGCUUUCCCAGGAAAUGCGAAAUUCCCAAAAUUAACCUCGUGGUUCUCAAGAAUUGCUGCUCUUCCUGAAGUUAUUGAAGCAAGUCAACCAACUGAAACAGGAGUUGGAUUUUUCAAAGAUUAUGUUAAUGGCUCCCCAAAUUACGAUUUUGGAUUGUAA